AUGAUGUCCUCCGCCAACGAAGAGGAUCCCUUCCUCCAAGUCCAACAAGACGUCCUCGCCCAGCUGGACUCGACCAGACCCCUAUUCACAUCCUACCUCCGCAUCCGCUCCCUCUCCACCUCUCCAACCUCCCCCGAACUCGCCUCCGCCCGCGCCGACCUCGAAUCCGCCCUCGCGUCGCUGGCCGAGGACCUCGCCGACCUCGUCGAGUCCGUCAAGGCCGUCGAAUCGGACCCCGCGGCGUUCGGCCUCUCCGGCCCGGAAAUCACUCGGCGCAAGAGGCUCGUCCAAGAUGUCGGCGGCGAGGUGGAAGACAUGCGCGAGGAGCUCGCCAAGAAGCUCGGCGACGUCUCCGCCGCGGCCAAGGGGAAAUCAGCAGCAGUACAUGGUGGAAACUCGGAUCUACCCGAUCCAAGCGCCUUUGCCAUUGGCGACGGCGACGCGAGGGACGGCGGCAGCGGCGGCGAUUACGCGGCCGAGUUUGAGCAGCAGCAGCAGCUCGAGAUGAUGCGCGAGCAGGACGGGCACCUGGACGGGGUGUUCCGGACGGUGGGGAACCUGCGGCGGCAGGCGGACGACAUGGGCCGCGAGCUCGAGGAGCAGAGGGAGAUGCUCGAGGUCGUGGACAGCGUUGCGGACCGCGUCGGCGGACGGCUGCAGACGGGGGUGGCGAAGUUGCAGUACGUUAUGCGGCACAACGAGGACCGGCUGAGCAGUUGCUGCAUUGCUGUGCUCAUCUUUGUCUUAAUUUUGUUGCUUGUUCUGCUGUUGAUUCUGUGA